AGCUUUGAAGGUCACCUUGAAAGAGCGCGAAAGCUCAAACGGGGGCGACGAAUCACAUGAACAUCAUAAAACAAUUUGGGUGCAUGCUUGUCCGCACGUUGCACCGGUCACGCUUGUAGUAUAAAAGUAAACAGAGUAGUGGAAAAAGGAUUUCAUAACGUUGCGUGUUACUUCUCAAACUUCAUACGUGAGACUUAUUUCAACGGCAUCAUACGCGUUUUUGGUUUCAUUCUAUUUAGUUAAUUAUAUUAAGUAAACUAUCAUUUUAAUUAGUUAAAAUGGAUGUGCCUGCAAAAGGGAAUAUUUUAGGACGAUUCGUACCAGCGCGGUAUGUCCUGGCGGUCCUCGGUUCUAUCGGCAUGGCGAUAGUGUACGGGUUGAAGGUCAACUUGUCUGUCGCUAUGGUGGGCAUGCUGAACCACACCGCGAUUAAGGCGUCGGUACACGAUGUGCUCGAGGACAACUUUACCGCGCCAGCAGAAGAUAUGGAGUGCGACGCCACGGGUAAUUCGACUAGUGCGAAGGAGGCAGACGGACCUUUUCUGUGGUCAUCUGAAAUUCAGGGCAUCGUUCUCAGCUGCUAUUUCUGGGGAUACUUCAUUUCACAAAUUCCUGGUGGACGUAUAGCGGAAUUGUUCUCUGCAAAAUGGGUGAUGUUCUUCAGUGUUACCAUCAAUGUGGUAUGCACGUUGCUCACACCCGUCAUGGCCGAGGCGCACUACGUCGCAGUGGUCAUCAUGAGGGUGGGCGAGGGGAUCGGCGGGGGUGUGACAUUCCCCGCGAUGCACGUGCUGCUGUCGAAGUGGGCGCCGCCCGCCGAGCGCAGUGUGAUGGCUGCGCUGGUGUACGCCGGCACCUCCCUUGGAACUGUCAUCUCCAUGCUGAUGGCUGGAGUUCUGACCGCGACACUUGGAUGGGAGAGCGUGUUCUACGUGAUGGGCGGGCUUUCGUGUGCGUGGUGCGUGUUGUGGGUGUGGCUGGUGCAGGACUCGCCGCAGACACAGCCGCUCAUCAGUGUCGAGGAGAGGGAGAUGAUCGUCACCUCACUGGGUGGGAAGGCCAAUGAUCAUGAGCAUAAACAGAAGUUGGCAGUACCGUGGAAGGCAGUAUUCACGUCAGGGCCUUUCCUGGCUAUCUUGGUGGCGCACGCGUGUUCUAACUGGGGCUGGUACAUGCUGCUCAUAGAAUUGCCAUUCUAUAUGAAGCAAGUACUCAAGUUCAACAUGACUGAGAAUGCGGUAACAACAGCUCUGCCUUUUCUUUCGCUCUGGUUCUUCAGUAUCGGUCUGAGCCGAAGCCUGGACUGGCUUCGCAGUAAAGGGAUCAUCACCACCACCACCGCCAGGAAGAUCGGUACAUUGUUCGCGUCGCUGGUGCCGGGCGGCUGCCUGCUGGCGCUGAGCUUCGUGCGCUGCGAGCGCUCGGCCGCCGUGGCGCUGACGGCGCUCGGCGUCACGGCCAUCGGCGGCAUGUUCUGCGGGUUCCUCUCCAACCACAUCGACAUCGCGCCGAACUUCGCCGGCACACUAAUGGCUAUAACCAACACCGUUGCAACGAUCCCUGGAAUCAUCGUACCCAUUUUUGUGGGGAUCUUAACUCAUGGCAAUCAAACAAUUUCGGCGUGGCGUGUUAUAUUCUUCGUCACGAUUGCUUUGUACGUAGUGGAAAUUGUUGUUUACACAAUUUUCGGUUCAGGCGAAGAACAACCUUGGAACAAAGUACCGGAAGUUGCUGAAAAAGCGGAGGGUAAGCCGUUGAAAAACGAAGAAAGUGUUUGAGGUAAAAAAUCUAAGCUGUUAAAUGUAAUGUAAUCAGCUAUAUAGUUUAAAUUUAAAACAAUGGUUAAACAUCCAAAAGUUAAUUUCACCUUCAACAAAUGCAUAUACCAUGCACAAUGCAUAGCAAAAUAAUAUAAAAAAGAAAAAAAUGCACUCGUUAUUAUGGUAUUGUAAAAUGUGAACAUUACUAUUAGUAGUAGGUAUCCAAGUACAUAAAGUUUUUAUGUACCGUAAAGACUAAGUAAGGAAUCCGGACAUAUAUGUCAUUAAAACACUAAUAAGCUGUGACGUAGUUGAUAAAGACCACGCCUCCGGUUUCCAUGUGAUAAAUUCGUAAUUAAUUUUUUAAUGUACUUUUUGUAUAAAUAUAUAUCAUUUUCUAAAGUAAACUGUUUCUUUGCGUGUCAAGACGUGAAAAAUUUAUUUUAUUUCUACAUGAUGAAAAUUAGAAGAAUAUGAAAAAAAUUGGUAUUUCUAAUAUGGAAAUAAAUAAGUGUUAACAUAAUUCGCUAUGUUGCCCCCAAGGCCCCUUAGAUUAGGGGGUCCUGGUGCAACGUACUGCCUUGUUCUAUGGUAGCUACGCCAUAGCUAAUAAGUAAAAAGUGAGCCAUGGAAUGUAAGCUUCUUUCUUUAUAAUAAUAGCACAAAAUAAUAAUUAGACUAUAACUAAUAAUAUUUGUAUUAUGGUUGAUAUAUGUCAUUGGUAUCGUUUAUUUAACUAUCCACCAUUUACGUGUUAAUUGCUGUGACAAUUAAGACGUUAUCAGGCAUAGACCCUUAUGAUCUCUUCAAAGAUGUUAUCAUAGAUAAUUAGCCAUAACCAUAGAUAAUUUAGCGCUUUUAAAUUAUGUGACAUAUAUUACAAUUUUUUAAAUAUAUUUUUUUUUGUGGGGAAAUCCUUAUGGAUAUCUCCCAUCUCAAUGAUGGAGGGUUAUGUCGGACUCCUACCAACUAAAACCACCACGGUGUUCCUUCUCUCCGCAAUUGACGAGGCUGCGGGUAUGCUCGCGCAUUCGUCGGCGGCCUCGCCGGCACAAUAUUAUAAACCUGUAUUAUCUGAUUAUACUACUAUACACUAUAUGAUAUAUAAUCAGUUUAAUUGUGUAAAACGUUACAGUUAUAUGCUAAAUAUUUUUUAUAUUGUAAUUUGCUAUAUUGGCUUUAAUUUAAGGGGUCAAACACAAAAAAAUGGCCCAUAUGGCCCAAUGUAAUUGUAAAUUAUCAAUGUUAAUCAUUAUGAUUAUACGUGAUUUUUCUAGUACUUAUCAUAUAAAUGCGACACGUUAAGACUUAAACUUUACCGUACUGUGAAAGCAUAGUUUGUAAAUGCAAUAAUUCUUAAGGCUUUUUUUUAUGAAGUAUUUGAAAACUAUAAAAAUCUCACUAUGAUUUUAAAUUAAAAUUGAUAUUAUUAGAAAUCAAGUUUAUAUAUGUGCUAUAAUGUAUUUUUUUUAAAUAUUUGUCUAAGACUGCCAAAUGAGAAUUUAAUCAACUUCUAUUUUAGUCUAUGUACUUACAUAAUUAUAAAACAUUGAAGAUUUUUUUUGGAGACUGGACUUAAUAUGUCGCUUCCGUUUCUUUUUUUAAAUAUAUUUGAUGUUAGCUAUAGUUUUUUUUUAUUUAUAAGAAAUAUGAGCCACGAGGGUGGUACCUACCCAACAAGCAUGCACAACUCUACCACCUAACGAAUGCUUUUGAAAUAGAUACUAAAAUCCCUGUGGACACACUUUCAUACUGUUCGCUAUUUACCGCCUGCGUCUAGCAAAUUGAUAUCGUUCGUCGCAGAUGCAAGGCUUCCAAAAGAAUUUGUCUCGAAAAUAAAAUCCUCGAUAGAAUAAGCACAAUUUGUAUCAAUAGUGAAAAUACGCUUUUAGUUUACUUAAAAUAACUUAUUAAGUGACAGUUUUAUAGACAGUUGAAAGGUGCAUUCAAUUUUAGU